AUGACGACCACUGCCGCCCCGAUGGACGUGCCUGACGACGGCAUCGCUUGCGACGCACCGACCAACGAUGUCCCUCCUCUACGCCGGCCGAUCACCGACGACACCCGCGGCGAGACGUCCGGACGGUGGACUCCUGAGCCGCAGCCUGCUACUUUUGAUACCUUGACCGAAUGGGGCCGCAAGCAUCUUGGCGAAAAGUGGACAACGAAGCGGGAGAGCAUGAUGGAUGACGCUUACAACUCCAUUGCCGCGUGGGAUCCGACAACAUCGAAGCAAUACUGCGAGCGGCAGAAGGAAUUGAGGGGUAUGGAGGGGGAGCUGCAGAAAGGCAAGGUGGAGCUAUGCGGCCACGAGCUGGACGAGUUGACGUCGUUGGCACGAAAGCGAUAUGGUGAGGGAUGGUACCUCGACCGCAGAGCAGCUCGUCGAGAGAAGGAAAUGGCCGAUGCGGCCGAGGACAAUACGGAGGAGAAGGGGAACCAUUUCUUGCGGUCGCGCACACGAUCGGAGAUGGCGAGCGACAUCAUGAAGGCCAGGGACGAGGCCAUGCUGUCUGAGGGAUACUCGUGGGCUCAGAUACUUCGGUCUUCGCAGCCGCCAAAUGCCACCGACGACAACGAGACAUGCACGUCGGCAGCGACCGAGGUGAACAGCCCGCGGGCAGUGAGGGUGGUGGCCAGCGCGUCGGCAGCGACCAAGGUGAACAGCGUGCUGGAAGACGACGACGCGCCAACGAACGAGUCUGAAUACGCAAAGGAAGCCAGGGAGGGCCCGAAACACGGCACUGUGGAAAGGAUGGAGUGGAGGGCUGUUGCUGGCGACUGGGACGAUGAGCGGUACGAGCGGGCCAGGUUCUAUCGCGUCGGCACAGAGAGAUCACGAGCCGAAAACGAGGAGUGCAUACGUCGAUACCACAGUGAGGGACCGAAGGCCAGGAAGAAACGGAAGGAGAUGGGAGACCACUUCUUCCGCGUGCAAUACCAGGCGAUACAGAUGCUCAUGGAACACGACGGACUCGACGAAGACCCUCGUUUCAACGACGCGGGUAGGUAUAGAUAUGCAGAGGCGCGCCUCCACCACAAAUUUCAUGGAGGAGACACCACUAAACUGCCUGACCUGGAGCUCAUAGCGCAGCAGGCAGGUAUCCGAUGGCCUCUUCCAGAGCAUCACGAUGGCCUCAGCUCUGGCAGCGGACAGGAACCGGCAGCACGCCCCAAGCAGCAGCAACGCAAGCGCCCGGGCAGUCCCCAGCACCACGAACGCCGUCAGAGCCGUCGUCUCCGCCAACUGCCGGUCGAGUUUGAGCCCGAAGACCCAGACAAGAUCAUUCGGCUGGCCAACGCCGCACGCCGCAGGGGCCUGUAG